AUGCUUAUUUUGAAACGAGUCCGUCUCUUGAAACCCAGAUUUGUUACUCUAGGAACAAUCUCUUCUUCUUCUUCUUGUUCAAGCUACAUCGAUCGUAUUCUCUGUGAUCAGGUUUCGAGCUUAGAGUCUCUGCGUAAACACAACGCGCUUAUCAUCACCGGAGGAAACUCCGAGAAUAUCUUCGUGGCGUCGAAGCUAAUUUCAUCUUACGCUUCCUUCAAGAAACCCAAUUUGUCUUCCAGAGUCUUCGAUUUGGUUAGUGGAAGAGAUGUGUUUCUAUGGAAUUCAAUCAUCAAAGCACAUUUCUCCAAUGGAGAUUACUCUCGAGCGUUGGGUUUCUUCUUCUCGAUGCUGCUCUCUGGGCAAUCCCCUGAUCAUUUCACUGCUCCGAUGGUUGUUUCAGCUUGCGCAGAGCUUUCGUGGUAUGAUGUUGGCACUUUCGUUCACGGAUUGGUAUUGAAAGACGGAGGCUUUGAGCGAAACUGUGCAGUGGGAUCUUCCUUUGUUUAUUUUUACUCAAAGUGUGGGAAUUUGGAAGAUGCGUGUAAAGUGUUCGACGAAAUGCCUGAGAGAGAUGUGGUUGCUUGGACUGCUGUUAUCUCUGGGCAUGUGCAGAACGGAGAGAGAGAGAGAGGUUUGGAGUAUCUCUGCAAGAUGCAUAGCGUUGGUUCUGAUGAUGAGAAGCCGAAUCCGAGAACACUGGAAUGUGGAUUCCAAGCUUGUGCAAAUCUAGGAGCUUUGAAGGAAGGAAGGUGUAUUCAUGGAUUUGCGGUGAAGUUUGGUUUAGCUUCUUCUUCCAAGAUUUUUCAGUCUUCGGUGUUUUCAUUGUAUUCGAAAUGUGGGAAUCCAGCUGAGGCUUAUCUCUCUUUCCGUGAGCUUGGUGAUGAAGAAGAUAUGUAUUCAUGGACAUCGAUUAUAGCUUCACUGGCGAGAUCAGGGAAGAUGGAGCAAAGUUUUGAUAUGUUUUGGGAAAUGCAGAAGAAGGGAAUAAAGCCAGAUGGGGUUGUGAUUAGUUGUUUGAUUAAUGAGCUAGGUAAGAUGAUGCUUGUCGCUCAAGGUAAAGCCUUUCAUGGGUUCGUCAUAAGGCAUUGUUUUUCUUUAGACGGUACAGUUUGCAAUUCGUUGUUGUCGAUGUACUGCAAAUUCGAGCUUCUUUCAGUGGCUGAGAAGCUUUUCUGUAGGAUACGUGAAGAUGGUAGCAAAGAAGCUUGGAAUAUAAUGGUUAAAGGCUACGGUAAAAUGAAAUGUGAUGUAAAGUGUAUCGAGUUGUUCAAGAAGAUUCAUAAUCUUGGAAUUGAGAUUGACUCUGCUAGCUUGGCCUCUGUCAUAUCUUCAUGUUCCCACAUAGGAGCGGUACUACUGGGGAAGUCUUUGCAUUGCUAUGUUGUGAAAACUAGCUUCGAUCUCACCACUUCAGUGGUCAAUUCCCUGAUUGAUUUGUAUGGAAAGAUGGGAGAUUUGAGUGUUGCUUGGAGGAUUUUCUGUGAAGCAGAUAAGAACAACAUUGUCACUUGGAACGCAAUGAUUGCUUCUUAUGUUCAUUGCGAGCAACCGGAAAAAGCCACUGCGUUGUUCGAUAGAAUGAUCUCUGAGAAGAACAUCAAACCCAGCUCGAUAACUCUGGUGACUGUGCUUAUGGCUUGUGCCAACACUGGAGCUCUGGAGAGAGGGCAAAUGAUUCAUCGGUACGUAACUGAAACAGAGCACGAGAUGAAUCUUUCUCUUACAACUGCUCUUAUCGACAUGUACGCCAAAUGUGGACAGCUUGAAAAGUCACGAGAGCUGUUUAACGCUGCAGAUCAAAAGGACACCGUUUGCUGGAAUGUGAUGAUCUCAGGCUAUGGAAUGCACGGAGAUGUUGAAUCGGCUAUAGAGCUUUUUGAUCAGAUGGAAGAGUCUGAUGUGAAACCAACCGGAGCUACAUUUCUCGCUCUUCUAUCAGCUUGCACGCACGCUGGUUUAGUGGAACAGGGCAAAAACCUUCUCCUCAAGAUGACGCAUGAGUACGAGGUCAAACCAAACCUAAAGCAUUACUCUUGCCUCGUGGAUCUUCUUUCCCGGUCAGGUAACUUGCAAGAAGCUGAAACCGUAGUCACGUCAAUGCCGUUCUCACCAGACGGAGUUAUAUGGGGAACAUUGUUGAGCUCGUGCGUGACUCAUGAGGAGUUUGAGAUGGGAAUACGAAUGGCAGAGCGAGCGGUUGCUAGCGAUCCGCAGAACGAUGGGUACUACGUGAUGCUUGCCAACAUGUAUAGCGCCGCGGGUAAGUGGGAAGACGCGGAAAGGGCACGAGAGAUGAUGAGAGAAAGUGGAGUUGAGAAGAAAGCUGGACAUAGUCUAGUCUAA